CAAAGUUGAGCCAAAACCUGAAGCUGCUGCAGGAAGCUGGGAAUAGAAGCGAAAGGAAUAAACUUUUUAAAACGCAGUUUGAAGACUUGAAUUUUCAAGCUACCCUCAGAAAGGAAGUUGUCUGCAGAAAUAACUGGGAUUCAUGCUAAAAUGUGUCACAACGAUUUGCAAUGAAACAUCUGCUUAAGAUUCAGUAGAUUUCCCAGUGCAGGUCAAGAUCUUACUGACGAGAUUAGUGCUGGUUUCACCAUGAUCACUGUGGUUCUGCUCAUCUGGACCGUGCCCUGCGUAGCUAAUCAGCUUCUCAGUGGCUUUGUUAAAGGAGAAUUUCAGAAAGGUUCCCACCAGCUCAUAUGCAGCAUGCCAGGGCCACAGGGCCCUCCUGGCCCUCCAGGAGCACCAGGGUCUCCAGGAAUAAUUGGGCGAAUGGGGUUUCCAGGGAAGGAUGGAAAAGAUGGCGAGGACGGGGAGAAAGGAGAGCAUGGAGAGGAAGGUCCCCAAGGCAGAACUGGAAACCCAGGCAAACCAGGACCAAAGGGGAAAGCAGGCGCCAUCGGCAAAGCAGGUCCACGAGGUCCGAAGGGUAUUAAGGGAAAUCAUGGGAAACAUGGAGUGCAAGGAAAGAAAGGACCCAAAGGGAAAAAGGGCGAUACUGGGAUGCCAGGACCAUGCAGCUGUGACACCAAAAAAGCCAAAUCUGCCUUUUCAGUCGCAGUCACCAAAAGCUACCCGAGAGAGAGGCUGCCCAUCAAAUUUGACAAGAUCCUUAUGAACGAAGGCGGGCACUACAAUGCUUCCAAUGGGAAAUUUAUAUGCAGCAUUCCUGGUAUUUACUACUUCACUUAUGACAUAACAUUGGCCAAUAAACACUUGGCCAUUGGGUUGGUCCACAACGGGCAAUACCGAAUAAAGACAUUUGAUGCCAACACUGGUAACCACGAUGUGGCCUCUGGAUCAACCAUUAUUUCCCUGAAACAGGAUGAUGAGGUGUGGUUGCAGAUCUUCUACUCGGAACAAAACGGGCUCUUUUAUGAUCCCUACUGGACAGACAGUUUAUUUACCGGCUUUCUUAUAUAUGCUGACCAGGAUUAUCUCAAUGAAAUAUAGGAGGAGACUGUCAAAAUAUAGGAAGUGAGUUUGGGAGCUUAUACAAGCAAAGUACAGCUUUAAGUGUGUAUGUGUGAGAUAAUCAUAGGACUCUGCAUUCUUAGAGCUGUAAGGCUGCAUUGGCUAGUUGGAAGUCUCCCAUACCAUUAAAGCAUUGUAUUUGAAUGUCAUUUAAGUUUUAGCACAAGCUUUCCUAUAACCUUUACCUAGAGAUAAAGGGAAGAUACUCCGCAUAUAGUUUACUUGGAGGUGGGGAGCAAUUAUCACUUGGUUGGUAUCAGGUGUUUCCCACCAGGAUUGUCCUUUUAUUGGGUUUGUACAGCCCCUAGCAUAAAUGAGCUCCGAGGUGCUACAGUAAUACAAAUAGUCUUAGGAUCAGUGUGACCACUUUAAAGUACCCUUAAUGAUUGUUUUUUAUAAUCCUUGGAGUUGUCUGUUAUAUUUUCCUCUACGAAGCAUAUAUGCUGUGGUCAGAUUACUAUAACUUUAACACCAAUGCAGAAUCUAUAUUGUUAUUUUUUUUAAUUACAAAAAAUGAGCCAAAAUCUAUAUCCUGCAACCUCGUAUCGGAAGCACUGUUACUGUUAGAGACAAUAUCUAUCCCGCUGCAGAAAGGAUCUUCAUUAAUUCAAAGUCAAAGUUCAGUAACCACUAAAGAGUCGGGCAGUUCUCUGUUAAGAUCCUAACAGCAGCUUCAUAAGUGCAUUAUUAAUGGGCAAAGCAGUCUGGCCAAAAUAGAACUGGUACAAAGACCUCAUCUUAGCCCCUUCAUAGUCAAUGGCAAACCUUCCUGUAAGAUUCUGGCUGCUCUCAACUCCCAUUCAAUGGGUAUUAAUGGCACUCAGUACCUUUCAGAAUGCAUCCAGUAUGCACAAAAUCAGAUUUUAAGAGAGACCUGCACUGGAAUCCUGGAUCUGAUUCCACCCAAGUUUUGGUAAAGUUGGUAUCUGGAUCUGGACCCAAGUGUCACAUCUCAGGGCUGCAUGGGCCAAAUGGCCCAGUGAGAUUCUGAUCCAAAUUUGGCCUGAGGACAAACUUUUAUUCCAUGAACUGUUGUGUGAACUUCUCUCCCUAGCUUUUGCUAUGCAGGAUCUGUUAGCUGCUGCUAAGGCUCUUUUCUAGGGCUUUAAUGCAUACACACAUACUGUAUCCGAUUCCUAAGUGUGGUGACCCACUGCUACAAGAUAUUGUUUUCAGCGUACCCUGGAAAAAUAUUACUGAUGCUCUGGAAUCAACCACAUUCAGCUUUGUAUUGGUGAUAAAAAGGUCAAGAGUUAUAACAGAUUUUUUUUUUAGCAUUCUUCCUUUACCUAUAAGUAUAUCAGCUGGUGAUAACAGAGGUAUGGUUCUCUAAUGUUAGAAGUACUGUAGCAGAAUCCAAAGCAAUCCUGAUAUAAAGCACUGCAAUCUGGCUCUGAGCCCCAGAAAUGUCUAUUACAAACUCCCCUUUGUAAAACACUCAUAAUAUAGAUAUCUAUCUUGACAGCCAAACAAGUGAAACCCUUCACCUUUUUCCCAUUAAACGUGGGCCAAAUUCUUUUCUCA